GGACGCGCAACGUUCAGUAAGCCGCCGACUGCGCACAAGAGUAGUUGCCGUCUCCUCUCUAUCGAAGCAGCCUCCUCGAAGCGUCUCGAACGGGUGCCGUCCGUACACGUUCGAGCCCCACCCUCCCCCGCGAAGAAACAGUUUUGCGACAUUCUCUGCAGCGGGUUGGUUUUUGAUUUGUUUGUUUGUUUGCUGCACAGUUUCCUCGCUUGCCUGCCCGCUUAAGUCGCCUGCGCAUACGAUUGUUAACCACCCACAAAGGAUGAAGGUGAUGCACCAACCCGCAUAGGGACAGGAAAUAGUUGACCGAAACGCUACCCCCGUGCCUUGAAGGCAUACCCGAAGGCGACCAGUACACGCCUUUUCGGGGAGUUCACCGUAACAGCAACUGCCAGGAGAUCGGGAGUUGGUCGAGGGUCAUACACGUCGCCACGCAGAGUCAGCAGAGAGCGGCAGGAGGAGACCGAGUCCGCGCACCGAACCCCGAAAGGACGGCCCACACCCCGGGGGAAGGUGUGGUGUGUUUCUUUUUUUACGGCCGUCCCGUGCCGCUAGUGUACGAGGCAAGCAGUGGCUGAAAAAAUCGGAGGGUGAACGAGCCACGCCACAAUGUUUCCGCUUCACAAAGGAGCGGAGCUAUUCUUAGCAAUAGCGAUUCUAGCCUUAUGGAGCGGCAAUGAAUCAGCCGCCGCCGACAACAACCAGCGCGUCGUGUGCUACUACACAAACUGGUCCGUCUACCGACCGGGCACGGCCAAGUUUACGCCACAGAACAUCAACCCUUACCUCUGCACCCAUCUGAUCUACUCGUUCGGCGGGUUUACGAAAGAGAACACGCUCAAACCGUACGACAAGUAUCAGGACAUCGAGCAAGGUGGAUUUGCUAAAUUUACCGGCCUGAAGACGUACAACAAGAAUCUGAAAACGCUGCUAGCAAUCGGUGGGUGGAACGAGGGUUCGUCCCGCUUCUCGCCGCUGGUGGCGGACGCCGAGCGGCGCAACCAGUUCGUCAAGAACACGAUCAAAUUCCUGCGCCAGAACCAUUUCGACGGGCUCGAUCUCGACUGGGAGUAUCCGGCGUUCCGCGAUGGCUCGAAGCCGAAGGAUCGGGAAAACUACGCCCAGCUGGUGCAGGAGCUGCGGGAGGAGUUUGAGCGCGAGUCGUCCAAAACGGGACGACCGCGCCUGCUGCUAACCAUGGCAGUGCCGGCCGGUAUCGAGUACGUCGAGAAGGGUUACGAUGUGCCGAAGCUGAACAAGUACCUGGACUGGUUCAAUCUGCUCUCCUACGACUACCACAGCGCGUACGAGCCGGCGGUCAAUCACCAUUCGCCGCUGUUCUCGCUCGAGGAAGCGUCCGAGUACAACUUCGACUCUGAGCUCAACAUUGACUACAGCGUAAAGUUCUACCUGAAGGCGGGUGCCGACCGGGAAAAGCUGGUACUGGGCAUACCGACGUACGGCCGGUCCUACACGCUGUACAACCCGGACGCGACCGACAUCGGUGCGCCGGCCGACGGCCCCGGUGAGCAGGGCGAUGCGACACGCGAAAAGGGCUACCUGGCGUACUACGAGAUCUGCUCCAGCCUGAAGGACAGCAACGACUGGACGGUGGUGCAGCCCAACCCGAAAGCGAUGGGCCCGUACGCGUACAAGGGCAACCAGUGGGUCGGCUACGACGACGAGGCGAUCGCACGGCGCAAGGCCAAGUACGUCGCGGAGAACGGGCUCGGCGGCAUCAUGUUCUGGUCGAUCGAUAACGACGACUUCCGGGGCACCUGUCACGGCAAACCGUACCCGAUCAUCGAAGCAGCCAAGGAGGCACUGCUGGCCAGCACAGAAGUGGGCAUAAACGACGUUGCUUCAUCGGGCAGACCGCGCAAGCCGAGCCGUUCGCGCAGCCGGCCAGGUUCGGCCACGCGCAACCGUGUCAACACCGACAACAACAACGAAAUUAAGGCAUCGUUCAAAACUUCCCAGGGACGCAAGGUGGCACGGCCGGUGCGCGUCACCACGACCAGCACCACCACCACGACCACGACGGAGGACUCGCUGUACAUUGGCGGAAGAACUACGACACCGCAGCCACCGACCACUCCCGAUCCGGGAGCAGACUUUAAAUGCGAAGACGAAGGUUUCUUCCCGCAUCCGCGCGAUUGCAAAAAGUACUUCUGGUGUCUGGACAGCCCGAGCCUCGGCCUGGUAGCGCAUCAGUUCACCUGCCCGUCCGGGCUGGUGUUCAACAAGCUGGCCGACUCGUGCGACUACGCCCGCAACGUGAUCUGCUCCAAGACGGCACCCUCGACCACCUCCUCGACGACCAGCACGACCACCUCGACGACGACCACGGCAGCAGCGCCGACGACCUCAACGACGGCCCGGCCACGCAUUACGGUCGCCACCAACCGGAACAACUUCUUCAACCGGGGCAUCUUCACGACCACGACGACCACCACCACGACGGAACCGACGGUCGAGGCGGACUACUCGGACGAGGACAACGCCGAGACGCAGCCGGAAGAGGACCCGAAGGUGAUCAAGGAGCUGAUCGCGCUGAUCAAGAAGGUGGGCGGCAUCGAGGAGCUGGAGAAGCAGCUGCAGGCCCAGGAGGACGGUUCGAUCCUGCUGAAGGAUGCGGAAGCCGAUCCAGUGUCGACGACCGCGCCAACCAUCAGCAAGUCGCUGUACGAGCGGGUGCUGAGCCGCACCGGCAACGUCGGCCAGAAGUUCCGACCGGCCAUCACGUUCACGCAGCAGCAGGACCGGACCGGCUCGCUGCCGGAGAACAAGUACUCGUCGGUGGUGCGCAACUCGUACACGAACAGCCGCGUGGGACCGCAGAACGAGGGCCUGGACCAGCUGCCCGAGUUCGAGGGCGUGUUCCGGGAGAAGCCGAAGUAUGUGACGCUGCAGCGCACCCGCCCGACGAAGGCCGCCUCGAUCGAGGACCGGUACGACGACGACGAGGACAUCGACGAGGAGGAAAACCAACCGUCCACGUUUACGACCGGCCGGCCGACGGCCGUGCCGAAGUACGUCAGCAUUAGGCGGCAGCGACCGACGACGGUCGCGGAGCAGCCGCAGCCGGAGGUGGACGGUGAGGAACCAGCGGAGGACGAGCAGGAGGAGGAGGAGGAGGAGGAGGAGCCGCAGACAGUGAAUCGUAACUGGUACCGCAAACCGACCGAAGCGUCCCAGCCGACAGAGAGUGAGCCGGAGCGUUCGUCUCCUAAUCGCUACAACACGAUCGAUCGCAGACGGACGACCAGCGUACCGUACACCAGCAGCCGACUGCAGGAUACCGAACGCGAUGAUGUAGGCACAGAUUCUUCUCUAUUGGUACCAUCUACAGACUUCCAAACCAUAUACACUACAGCUUCCACCACCACCACCACGCUCGAACCAUCACCACAAUCCUCCGAACCAAACUUGAUACCUUACAGCACACGACAGUACAGUAGCGUUGAGCGGGUCAGCGGCAACACGAUUAGCGACGAUGGCGACGACGACGAUCGCAGCGGCAACCCUAGCGAGCGUAGCGGUAGUAGUAGUAGUAGCGAUAGUAGUAACGAUAGCGAUAGUAGCACUAGCGCGGGCCCGAAACCGACCACCGCCGGUUUGGACAGCGAUCGGGCGUCGGACGCGGAGGUGACCGACACCACCGUGCCGAUCGGGCCGACGCUGCACCGGGCGGACGACACUGGCAGUAGUAGUGACGGUAGUAGCGCGUCCGGCUGGCCGGCCGACACGACGCUCGAGGUAACCACCGCCGUGCCUAACACCGGUGAAAGCGUUACGGGUAGUAGUGUACUGGACGCAGGUUUGGUGGGUGGUAGUGACACGUUUGCUAAUCCCGACAGGCGGUUCGGCUCCCCGUACGAGGGGCCCGAGGACGACGAGACGGCGGCACCCAGCGUCACCACUACCGCCAGCAGCAGCAGCAGCCGGGCGACGGCGACGACGACGGCGACGACGACGCCGUCCGUACCGUCGACCACGGUGGCUACUAGUCCCCCCACUAACGAUGCUACCUCUAACUCCGUUUUCAAAUUCACAAGAACUAGGAAGCCAGCGACUACCACCACCACUGCCACUACCGACACCCCACUAGAACCUGUCACUAACCCUAGCCGGCGAGUCGGUGGCGCUGCACCCGUGCGGGCAGCGCCCCGUCCGUUCGUGGCGGGCGCCCGUCGCACGCGGCCGACGCGCGUGCCCGACGCGGCGACCACCACUGCCGCGGCCGCCGUCCCCGACCCGACGACACUGCGCACGGUCAAGGUGAGUUUUUCCAAUGCCCAGAGAUUUGAUCUUUCAGCGAGCCGGCAGCGCCGGGUCGGCAGUGCCGACAGUGCCGAACAGCAGCCGCCACAGGAGGGUCCGGCGGGUGAGCAGCCGGCAGCGAGGGCACCGGCCGCACGCGGCAACCGUGGCCGGGUGCGGUUCCGGACUGCGCCCGAACCGGCGCCGGCCGCUCGCUCGACGCCCCUAUCGUACGACGAGCCCAGUAGGCCGCCGGUACCGUUUGCAGGCAGCAGCAGUAGCACCACCGACAUCAGCACCACCACCACCACGCAAACUGUAAGCCGCCGGCGCACGAGACCAACAGCCGCCAGCGAGCAGCUUGCCGCCAAUCGGUUCGCGCUCGGUCGCACGACCACGCUCGAGCCGCUCACGACCGUCACCGAGCGGGGCUCGCUGCGGCGCGUCAACUUCAGCCUGUACAGUGGGCGCCGCUCGAGCGAAAGCCCCAGCCCGAGCCCCACCACCUCCACCGAGGAGCCGCGCAUCGAGACGGAACCGGUGACGCCGGAGAUCCGCUCCUACACGCGCAUCGCGGACGAUCCGUUGAUGACGCAGGAGCGCAUACUGCUCACGCUCGGCACGGCCCUGCGGUACGGGUUCAGCAGCCGCAACGAGCUCACGACGGGGGGCACUACGGCCGCCCAAGCGUUCACCACCGUGCAGGACAGCUUCCGCACGGAGGCACCGGCCCCAGCACGCUCCACCUUCCGCGGGCGGCCGUUCGGGCGGUCGGAAAGCGUGGACAGCACGGUGAACAGCCUGCUGGCGGAAAGCCUCAACGACAUGUCGACCGAGCUGCCGAGCCAGGCGGAGGACGCCACCGACAGCCGACUGCUGAACGAAAUCACCACCCUGUACAAUGUGAACGCGGCCGAGGUCGACACGACCACACCGCAGCCGCGCAAGCUCGCCUCGGUGCGGUACAGCCCGCCCAGCACGACCGAAGCCGUCGACACGACGCUCAACGUGGUCGUGUCCGAGGUCAACACGAACAAAACGUUCAUACCGGGCCGCACGCGCCCAACCAGACCGGCCCGACUGCGCACGACGGCGGCUGACACGAGCGCCCAAGCGCCCGACAGCACAGACGCGACCACACGGGGCCCCUCGCGCCGACCAUUCGCCCCACGCAGACCAACGCAGGACGGUUCGCUCGCGGCCCGACUCACGCCGACGGAGCAACCGCUCGGCAACGAUGUGACCGAGCGAGCGACCGGCAUUUCCACCACCAAGCGCCAGCGGGCGAACCGACGCCGUACGACCACUGCGACGCCUUCAACGACGACCCCGGCAGCCGCCUCCACGGUGGAAGACAGGUCGCCCUUGCCGAGAUCGCGCGCCUCCUUCAACACGGAACAGCGCCGGCAGCGCUUGCCAGGCAAUCGGCUGCUGAAGCCGGCCUCCACCACACCGACCACCACGACGGAGUCGUUCACGGCGGAGCCGACCUUCCCGGACAGCAAUGUGGCCAACUCGGACUUUACCACCGUCAUUACGGACACGUCGAACGAGAUUGCGCCGGGCGGGUACGACCUACUGAACAGCGACAACCUGCUCAGCCUGCCGAACCUGCGCACCGGCGAGCAGGCGGACGAGGAAGAGGACAGCGCCACGGAGACACUCUCCACGCUGACCGCGUCCGUGACCGAGCCGAACCCGAGCUCGAAUCUCGUCGCGGGCGGACCGGCGAAGCCCGAGCCGCCGCGCCCCAACGACAGCCAACAGAUCGAGUCGGAAUCGAUCCCGGCCCGUGCCUCGACGCGCGGUUUCGGCGCGACGCGCCGCAAGUUUACCGGUAAGUUUGUCACGACCGAGGCGCCGGAACCGACCGAGCCGAUCAAGAAGUUUGUGCCGACCCGGCGCAACCGACCCUCGUUCUCGCUCGCCCGCAGUGGCCGCCUGUCGACCACGACGGAGGAGCCCGCGUCGGUCGGUAGCGCCGAUGGCGACGGUUCCGCUCCGCCCGCAGGGCCGUCGCCGUUUGUGCCGUCGCGCAAGCGCAAACCGCUGCCCCUGGGCGGCAGAGCGUCGUCCACCACGGAGCGGUCCAGCGGGGAGAGUGGGGCCGGCGACGAUACGGUCCCGCCGGCCGCGCGUCCCACGCGGCGCAGGCCGGCGUACUCGCUGAACCGGCCGGCACGGCCGCAAGCGUUCGAAAACUCGUUCGAUAAGGCGACGGUCGCGGCGAAGCCGGUCGAGCAGAAGUCGAUCAACCGCACCUCGGUGCUGCUGCCCAAGCGGCCGAACCUGUUCGUGCGCACUACCACCACGACCACGACCAGCACGACCGCAGCGCCCCCGACGGCGUACGGUGGCGACGCCACGGACCGCACGACGCUCGCCGACCGGUUCAGCUCGUCGGAGGAGCAGCGGUACAGCGGGGAAGAGAACGAGGGCGACAACGAGAUCCAGCGGCAGGGCAAGCGACUGUUCGGGCAGCUCGGCAGUGACGCCAGCAACAGCCUGCUGCUACCGGGCGAGGCGGAAACGGAACGGCCCCGUCCCGAGCCGACGUUCGGUGGGGUGCGCCGACCGGGCGGGCGUGUCGGAGGUAUAACGCCUACCCGGCCGCCGCCCAGCUCCGGCAGCAAUCGGUUCAUCUUCAAGAACAACCAGCCGGCCACGGCGAGCGGCAACGAAGGGUCGGCCGGGUCCUCCACCACGCAGCGCACCUUUACCACACGCACGCGCCGCCCCUUCGGCAACGUGGGCGGCUACAAACCGACCGCCCAGAACGUAACCGGGGUGGCGAGCGGUGAUGGGGCGGGCCCGGUGGCGGGUAGCGUCACGACGCCCCGCGCACGCUUCACGCCGACGACGCGCACGCGGCCCACGUUCGGCCGGCUCCGCUCGACGACGGCCGCCCUGGGCAGCCGCCUGAACGUGGAGGACGAGCGGGCCGCCCCGACGCUGAACGAGCUGACCGGGGAGCAGGGCGGUGGGUUCGCAACGCGCCGCUACCAGCCCCGCAAGCCGACCGGUGGGCGGCGCAACUUUACCGCGCCAGCGGCGGGCGGUCGCAACGUGACGCUGCCGGGCGUGCUGCUACUAACCACCAGGGAGCCGGCAGAGGGCGCUGCACAGACGACGCCGGACGCGAACGGCGAAACGACGCCGCCGGCGACGGUCGAGUACGCCACGGACGAUACGAAGCAGUCGUCGGCGACCGAGUCGGAUGCGCUCGCACCAACGACGACGCCAACCGCUACCGACACUAUCACCACCAACUCCAUCACCACCACCACUACAACCACCACCACCACCAAGACCACCACCAACAACAACAAUGAGGCCGAAAACACUACCUCGUACGAGGAUACAACGCCCAACACAUUCAGAACCACCACCGAAUACUACACCGCGUCCGACGAGACGCACUACACGACACUGAAUACGGCCGACACGAUCUACACGAUUAAUGAUAAUAUCGAUAUUGAUGAUGUCAAUGUAUUGCAGGACCGUGGUCGCACGUCGACGACCACGGUGAAGCCGACCACGCUCUACCACGUGUUCUCGAUCGACAAGGAGAACGAGUCGGUGCCGUCCUCGACCGAGAUCUACCGGACGGAGGAGCAGGAGAUCGAGCUGCCGGCGGCGAACCGCACGGACAAGCUGGUCAAGAUACACCGCGUGGUCGAGAUCUACACGAAGAACGCGAGCAACCCGGACGAGCUGCCGGUGAUGCAGAAGCUGGGCGAGAUCAACCGGAAGAUCAUCAUCCGGCUGGUCGAGCCGAACCGGGCGAACCGCACGGCCGGCGGGCACGGUAGCACCAGCAGCAGCUACACGACGACGACGCUCGGUGGCACCGCGGGAGGGGCAGCGGCACCGGUGACCGAGCGCGUCGAGGAGGACGAGUCGGAGGAUGGGCGCGGCCGGCCGAUGGUGCUGUCCUCGAACAGCGUGUUUACGGUGGAAACGUCCACCAUACCGCUCGAGGGGCUGUUUGACCCCGAGAAGGGGGCCGGCUUCCCGACGACCGAGCUGCCACAGGGCGCCGGCGAGGAAAGCCAAACCGUCGCACCGUACCCGGAGAUCGAGCGCAUUGCGAGCGCAGACUUCAGUGCCGAUCGGCCGCGCGACCAAGACGACGAACCCUCCGCCGUGACGCAGCAGCAGCAGCAGCAGCCGGCGGUCGAACAGGUAACUAGCUUGCGGCCGGUGGACUUUAGCGACGGGACGGACGGCGACAGCGCCCCACCACACACGACCAACUACUACGGUGCGGUGGAGGUGGAGGAGGAGGAGGAGCAAACGACGCGCGUGACGCUCGAGGCGGACGAUACGACGCUGCGCAGCAGCAGCAGCAGCACUGCGCGAACCACGCCGGUCGUGUCGUCCUCGACGCAGCGCGAGAUCGUGCACAAGUACACGCUGCCGGCCGAGUUCUCGUUCCAGGAGCCGUCGAGCGAAACGACCACGCUCAAGACGACGACGACAACAACGACCACGACAACGACGAUGACGCCCGAUACAACCACCACCACCUCCACCACCGCCCCGACCACCACGACGGCCGCGCCGGAGCUACUAACGACGACGGUGGACGACGUGCCGGACCUGCCGACGGUACCCGACCGCGUCCAGUCGUCGCUGGUGCUGCCGAGCCGGGAGAGCAAGAAAAAGUACACCAAGCGCCCGGACGGGCCGGCGGUGCGCGUCCCGUCCGACUUUGCGUACAGCAGGGACAGCUCGGCCGAGGCGGACGGCGAGCGGGCGACCGAGCCUUCGUACCAGACCGAACCGCCGGUCCAGACGACGACCAAGGCCACCCGGCACUACACGAACAAUCGCAAGUACGUCUCGUCGCUGUCGCUCCGCCCGAACCUGAACGGACCGGAGCCGGCCCAGGCGGCGCCCUCGUACCGCAAGUCCAAGGACAUACCGGUCGUACCGCUGCCGCGCACGGUCAGCUCGAAAUCCUCCACCCAGCGGGCCCAGAGCGACACAGCGACUAGCACGACGGCAGCCGCCAGCAGCAGCACUAGCACCACCACCACCACCACCACGACAACAACGACCACGCCCGCACCGAUCACCAAGAUCGACUUCAACAUCAAGUACGUGCUGCCGGUCAGCCUGCCGGACGCGGCCGCCCACGAGCUCAAGAUCGAGAGCAAGAACGACAAGUACAGCGUGCCGCUGUCGCCGAUCCUGCGGCCCGACUUUGUGACGCGCGAAAUUUCGGGCGAGCGGCAGGACCGCCAGUUCUCGCCCGUCUACCGGCCCGAGCUGGACAACGACGAGCUGACGCGCCAGCUGACCAGCGACGCCGAUCCGGUCGCGCUCGAGGCGGAACAUCUCGACCGGGAGAUACUGGGCGGUGGCGAGGACGGUGCCGACGCGGGUCAGCUGUCGGAGGAGCGUGUCGGACCAGUGUCGGAGCGGCUCGUCGGUGGCGGCGUGCUGCCGUCGUCGGCGGCCUACUUCCUGCGCCGCACGGCCGAGGUUAGUUAGAGGAGGAGUUUCGACAGGGGGUCGCCGCACCACAAACACUUGGACAUGGAGAGCAUGGAGAGAGGCCCCGUUGAAUGGAAGUGGGCUAAACAGACAGCGGAUAGUCAAAGACGGUCAUAAAGCGGUCGCGCGCGAAACGGCGAGCAUUACAGUUUGGCAGUGUGUGUGUGUGUGGAGAUGAGAAAAAACGGUGGUGCAACAGUCUAAACAAAAAAUCCGUUGGGAAUAUACUUAUAUAUCUCUUUAGCAUAUAUACCUACACAGUUUUCGUUCGGUGUAGCACUGUAUCUGUAUAUGUGGUGUAUGUUUUGCGCGUGUGUAUGUAUGUGUGAAUGUUUGUGUGUGUAUGUGUGUGUGCGCGAAUAUCUUGAGCAGUUAUCAGUAGCGAUAAGUCCAACAAAUUAACCUCAACAAUCCCAGAAGGUGACACUCCAAAUCCAGCAUCAGGCUACGGAAAGGGCAAGAUGGCGUGCAUUUGGGACCUUCGAACCGGAUUGUUGUUUUGCGCGCGGCGUUACGUCAGCUCCAACUGAACUCUCACACUCUGUUCUAAUCAAUUCUGCACCUUACUUCUUUGGAUUUUGUUUUUUUUUUUUCUGUGUGUGUGUGUUAUGUUUCACUUUUCGUUUUGUUUCAAUACUCCUCUACUAAUCAAUACUCAUACUACUCAUGCCACCCAUGCCCUAUUCAAUCGAUCGCCAUUUGCUGCGUGCAGUUAAUUAAUGAAUGAUGCCAUAGGAAUCACCCCACCCUGCUCAUCCCCAGCUCAUUGAUCCAUUAUUCCAAUGUUGGUGUGUGUGUGUGUGUGUGUCAUAUGGGCGGGCGGCUUAUCCGCGCAGUGACUGUUUUAAUUUUGUGCGUGUUUGUGUUUGGGUUGUGUUUUCUUUUUACCACUAUAUUUACUAACCCGCUAGGACUUGUUGCGGCACUCCAACAAGCUAAUUCCGGGCGGUCGGUUUGGUUUAACUUGCAUAUCGUUUUUGACAGCUACCGGCAAAGAAGAAUCGUCUGCUCUUACCCAGCAUCACUAUUGCCAACCACUACUACUAGCAAACUGUCAGUGUCCCCGCCGGAUGCGAGCAUUACAUUCGAUAGUAAACUCGGUAACAGCUACCCAGGGAAAAUCUGAAUGCCUGCGAUGCAUGUUUGGACAUGUUAGGUUCCCUUUUUCUUUUUGUAUUUCACGCAUGCAUCUUCUCGCAUGAAUGGACCCGACGCGUGAGCAACCAGCAACCAGAAAAAAACACACAUGUUACCUGCCUGAGCAUUUUUUUUUCUAUAUAUCAUAAUUGUCUCUAAUACUGAUAUUUUAAGCAACACGAAGGCAAUUUUUCUGAUGCCAGGAUUGCAUCACUCCCUUAUGUCUGCAAUCUGGUUUUAGCUUCUGGUCAAACGAAAGACAAAGAGGGAGAGAGAGAACUAUUGCGUUCCCUUUAUUAUUUAUUGCCCACAGUUUCAUUGUUUUUUUUUUCUCAACUUCAACUUUUGUGUUGAGCUGAUGAGCGGAAGGAUCAAUCACGCUAGUCUUCAUACGCCACCUUCCAGCUUCCCAAAAAUACUAUUUUGAUGGCAACACUGGACUGCCAAUUGCUGAAGUUGGCGUACGCCUAUGAAGCUAAAGGACAUGCAUCUUUUUCGCUUUCGUUGCCUGACAGAGGUGGCGUGUCUUUGGGUUGCUUGUUUUUUUCUUCUCCUGUUUAUUUAAACUGCUGCUUGUAUUUUAUGCAAACUCAGAGUGACCACUGAACGGUACAAUUAGCUCAUCUAAAUUAGCUUGCUUUAGUGGCAACACUAUUUUAAUGUGAAUAGUUGUUUUUUUUUUGUUCAUUUUUAUUUUGUUUUAUUUUAACUAGCCGUAACCAGUUUGAUACUUUGAUUUUUUUUAACUCCAGUUGUAAGUUGCAGAGUAAGUUUUAAGUACAACUUUUAAUCGCCGUUCCGUUGCAGUGUGCAAAACCGAUUUUAACUAAAACUUUUCUAAGAGGGGUUUCGUAAACGAUUUGACGUGUUUGUCAAAGGGGUACCGUUAAGAGUGACGCCAAGAGCAACCAGAUGGACUUACACGUGUAUGUACUGGGAUGCUUGAGAGAGCCUACCGAAAGGCUCCUUUUGAUAGUAUAAGGCCAAGUUUUAUUUUAAUACGAGCAGUUUGGGUCCAGUGUGACAGCGACAGUGCGGGAAUCGCAGAAUGGUGGAUCGGACAAGUAACGCACACGUGGUAGGCGCACACUAAGCUCUGUGAGGUUAACAGCUAGGGAUUUUAAAGGUUCCACCACUAUCACCACCACCACCACCAUCAUCAGAAGACAAAAUACACAAAGUGCUAGAGAAAACCCCCAUAGUCAGCAAAGCCACCUUAGCGUAACGAAGGAAUAGUCGAGAAGGAAGCAAUCCGAAAACAGAGAAAAACCAAACACAAACAGUACAGUGUAAAACUAGCAGUUAUAAACGUGUUACUCCAAUAGGAAUAGUGCAGACGCAAAUUACUACAGAAAUCAAAAAGGAUGACGCACCUUUAUACCUUCUACUAAUGGACAGCCAUUUUAGUUCACACAUUUCACUUCAAAAACCAAACGUUACACUCUGUUACAACGCAGGGACCGAGGUACACAUCAGGCUACUGAACACUCAGCCGGGUGUUGUUGCAAAACAGCACCGGCAACAACAACAACCACAACAACCACGGCAAAACCCCCCGCGUAAUGAGUAGUAACUGUCAUUAUAAAUUCUACCAACACGAUUAAGCAGUUUUGAUUGACACUUCAGCUGUGAAGAGAGAGGAAGGGUAGAGUGUAGGUGGGGUGGUGGGGGGGGGGGGGUGGCUAAAGGCCAAGCUCUCGCAGCAGGACAGGAAUGUGGCGCAGCGGACAGGAAUGCGCACCCAUUUGAUAUUACACACAUUAUAAUCUUGCGCAUGUGUAAAUGCCGACAAGACAUCGGCCGGUCGGUGGUGCGCGCAGUGGCAGCGGAAAGUGAAUGUAAAAUAGUUUAUUUUAGGUAGUAGUACUUAGCAGUAGGCAGACACUAACGUUAGUGUGACCAUUGUGCAUUUAGUGCGCCGUCACGACCUAGAAGUAUUAUUCCUCCCCUUCCUCCACCCUCCUCAACCCCUAUCACCAUCCCCACGACCCACAGUCUCCAACACUAAGACUCGAACUAAUCACGAAAGUUAGCGAAACAAAAAUAUAUAUACAUUACCUUUGUACACUUA